UAACCAUCCGAUGCAUCUUCAUGGAUAUAGUUUUUAUGUUGUGGGAUUGGGUUUAGGGAAUUUCGAUAAGGACAAGGAUCCCUCAACGUACAAUCUGGUGGACCCUCCUCUUCAAAACACCAUUCAUGUUCCCAAAAAUGGAUGGAUGGCCGUAAGAUUUAAGGCUAACAAUCCUGGAGUAUGGUACAUGCAUUGCCAUUUUGAUCGACACAUGGUAUGGGGCAUGGAUACAGUGUUCAUAGUUAAAGAUGGUGAAUCCCUGGAGGCCAAAAUGUUACCACCACCACCUGACAUGCCUCCAUGUUAACUAAGGCUAUCUCAAUUAAAUCCAAGGUUGCAAAGUCUUUUGGUCAAGAAAGAUAUGUCCUUCCAUAUACAUAUCUGGACAAAAAGAAGCAUUGUAAUCCUUGAAAGUAUUUUGCUAAAUGGUUCUGUUUAGCAGGAGAAUUCUAUCAUCUGCAGGCUUGCUUUUAGUUUUUUUUUUUUUUUCUCUCCCAACAAAUAAAUAUUUUUUAUUAUU